UAUUGAGCUACAAUUUUUCAAAAGUCAAGAGUUGGAUGGAUACUUGUUUAAGCUGGUAGACUACGGAGAUUUUGUCAAUGUUCGGGAAAAAGACAUAUUCAAGAUUCCGAAUAAACUCGUUGAGAUUCCUAUCCCCGAGAAAUUCGAAAGUAAGACGAAAACCUACAAUAGGCCGAGUCAGGGACAGCGUCCCUGACUAGAUGAGUCAGAGUUCUAAAUUUUUCUCCGAAUUGGCCGACAUAAUAUAUUUUUUAUGGGUUCCCUCCCAGCAAAUUUUAUUCACAUAAACAUUGAUAAAGUAUGAAAUACACUUGGUUGGCUUGUGGAGUAGAGGAAAAACUCGAUGUUGGUGGGUUGGGAAAACCUUUACUUGAUCCGAGAUCACCAUUCGGCCCAUUACAAGAUUUGUGUAAAUAACAUGACAUAUCGUUUAAAAUAUAAAAUAAUUCUUCUAAUCCUCGUUGACUGGGAACAGCUCCCAUGAUUGAUGCCGCAUUCCCGCGUUAAACUGCCAAACUGAUCCGUUGAAUGAGAAAUGUUGUUGACAUUGGUCCAGUCACAUCCUUCAUCCUCCCCCCAACAUAAUAUUACCAAACUCCGUGGAUACUUAAAUGCUUGUUAGAUUUUCUAUCAUUUGGCAUCAAAUCCUUGAACAUCUUGAACUUCCAUAGCUGUGUGUGCUAUCCAGAAGUGGUUUUUAACCAACAUGCAUAUGCUAAAACUUUUAAGUCAAUCGGUUCAACCGUGUUGACUUUAUCAUGCCGGACAGACGGACGGACAUGACGGUUCCAUAAGCUUUGACUCGGGCUAAAAAUACAUCCCUAAAAUAUACAAUGCACUUGAUAUCGAAUUUAUCGUUAGCUACUAUUCCCCUGACUCGGGCGUCAUUGUCAUUUAUUGGCAAUAUCCACCAAAUUAGAAAAUAAUUAAAAAUUAAUUCGAUGACCACGUUACGGCCGCACCCUAAGAGGAAACGAAUUGAUUUAUCCUGGUUUGGCAGGACUUUUGGCUCAUUUUUUUUAUGGAAGAUUUGUGAAUGUUCAUGAAUAAAUACCACUGCAUCUUCGCGCCUACAUUUUGGGUGUCAUGCAAAUUAAAGAAACUCCUAAGGAGGCUUCAUGUAUAUCACACCCACAUUUUUGUGGCGUCGUGACACUGGUGACACCGUCACAACCAUGCAUGAGCUGGAUGAUCGUGGCAUUUACAAUUUUCCCACUGAUUGAGAUUGGGUAAUUAUAAAUGGACCUGGCUGUUAGAUAAGCUUAGUCACAGUGGUUAACACACGUCGUCUUAUCAGAUGCGUUGUCUAGAACCGAUUAGAGGUAUUCCCCAUGGUCAUUGAUACACAGAUUUAUCAAGGCACGCCGUCAUCACGAGUACCAAUGGCCAACUGAUCAUAUCCUUGAUUCGUUCGUAAUAUGGUAUUGCUUAAAUGCUGGUCAAUGGUGGAGGUGAAAUUGACGAUGAGGGCAAGGUUCACCAUCACAUUGCUAACCCAGCAUUCACCAGACUGCACUGGACCUUCACCAGUAAUGAAAUAGUUCAUCGUAUAAAUAUUUACAUGCAUCCAAUGUGUACAAAUAUAGAGAGUUGCUAAUAAGUUCAAUGAAAUGAGAUCACUGGAAAAUUUCGUUGGACAGAAAUUCCAGGCAGACACCUUCCUCACGCUCUGACGGAGACAAUGAUAUGCUUGGACGUUGUGUAUCUCAUGCAGCAUAUAUCAAACUGGAUAUGGAAUAUUUGGCUGUGAUUGUGCGAAAAUUAUUUCCAUGCAUGUGACAUUUCUCUCUUUCGUUGUCGCCCAUAUAAAAGACUUUGGCUGUCACACAUCAGAAUUUUACGAGACGAGGGAGAAAUACAUUGAGAUCAAGCCUGGAGAUAAAGACGACAGCUCUUCUAAUCCUCACCAUGAAUCUUCAGAACUCGUUUAUCAAGAUCUCUUCCGAAAGUUUGGGAAUUGGAAUAUCUGUUUCCUGCCUAAACACUACUCUUCACAUUCAGAUUACAUUAAGAAAUUUGCCAUCAGGAAUGACGACGUGUGGGUCAUGUCAUUUAUCAAAGCAGGAACCACAUGGACUCAAGAGAUGACUUGGCUGAUUGGAAACGAUCUUGAUUUCGAGGGUGCCAAAACCAUUCUUCCCGUACGAUUCCCAUAUUUCGAGUUCGAUGCAUCUUGGGACCACGAAUCUGAGCUACAGCAGCCUUCCAAAUAUGCCAAGCGCCAACUUACAUCGAUGGAAAUCGUUCAUCACUUGCCGUCCCAACGCUACAUUAAAACGCACCUCCCAUUUGACCUCCUUCCUAACGAAAUUCUGAAUGGGGAGCGUUCCCCAAAAAUCGUAUAUGUAGCAAGAAAUCCAAAGGAUGUUUGUGUCAGCUACUAUCACCACAAAGUUCUCACGGAAGGAUACGCGGGGACCGUGGAUGAAUUUGUGGACGAAUUUGUGGACGACGUCAGCCAAAAAAAUUAUGCCCCAUUUUGGCCACAUGUUCGGGAGUUUUGGAAUCGAAGACACCAGUCAAACAUUUUGUUUUUGACUUUUGAGGAAAUGAAACGGGAUUUGAAAAGCGUUAUAAAGAAAACAGCAAAAUUUCUGGGCAAGCAUCUCACAGAGGAGCAGAUUAGCAAACUGUUAGCUCACCUAAGUUUUGAGUCCAUGAGGACCAACCCGUACGUGAACUAUGACGAGAUUACUGACAAGUUGACCAGCAUUCACGGCGUCGAACGAAAGACGCACUUCAUGCGGAAGGGGAAAGUGGGAUCGUGGAGGGAGGAACUUUCACCAGAGUCUGUAGGAAAACUCGAUGCUUGGAUCGAGGUAAAUAAAAUUCCUGGUCUAUGGGACGACUGCUGAAUAAUUAAACUCAAAUUAACAUUCCUAAUAAAGCUAAAAUUUAUUUAUUCGCAAUAAAAUUAUUUUUGAGUUUGAAAUUCA